AUGUUAAAAUUUUCAAUUAGACUACAGUUUUAAUUUAGGACACUCUAUUAAAUACUUGAUGUACCUGAAAAUGCAAGCUAAGCACAAAUAAAGUCAAACUAUCUCAAGAUUGUGAAGAUCUAUCACCCUGAUACAAAUUCCCAAUAAUCCAAAAAUUAAGUUAUUUUUCACUACUACAUUAGGAAUAUUUCAAAGAAGUUACAGCGGCAUACACUAUAUUAUCUAAUGAAUCUGAAAGACGCAUGUAUGAUUAAAAGAUAAAAAAUUCAAAUUAGAGAGAAAAUAAUAAUUAUCAAUAGAAUUAGGAGGAAUAUAAUGAGAAAGAACAUAAUAAAUAGAAUUAAGAGCAUAAUUAUUCUAAACAAAAUUAUUAGAAAAAUAAUUCUUAAGAGCAAAACGAACAAACACAAACCUACAUUUCCCUUGUUGUUUUCUUUUUCUUCGCUUGGUUAAGUUNA